GCUACUGAUUUAACUAACGCGGUGGUUUGCUAGCAAACAAAACAGAAUCAUUGAAGCGUUUUAGACCAAUUUGUUGUAUAUUACUCUUCGUGUUUUGAACAUACUUCUGUUUACCUAUCUACUAGCUCAUUUCAACGUAAUUUGCUUGUGAAAUUAGCAACAUUGAUACAGCAUUUGGCUAAUCUCGCGGAGCAUAAACUCACUAAGCAAGACGGAGAAAGAAGCUCUGGUGAAAUUAGAGAAAUAAGCUUUCAGAAUGAAAAAGGAGGAAGAGGAGGCUAUCACAGUGAAAGAAGAGGAUGAUAUUACACUGAAAGAGGAAGAUGGGAAAGAGGUUGUCAGAGUGGAAGAGGAGGUAGAAGUUUUCAGAAUCAUAAAGGAGGAAGAUGAGAAUGUAGUGAAAGAAGAGGAAGAGGAGGCUAUCUCAAUUAAAGAGGAAGACGUCUUGGGAGUGAAAAGGGAGGAGGAGGAGACUGAAGAACUGAUUACCACCAGAGAGAGACAUGACUAUGGUGGAUCCUCUGCGGAGCCUCAACAACAUCCUGAUGCUGACGAGGCAGAGAAGAGUCUCUCCAGAUCAGAACACCAGAUGGACAACGCUAGCCUGCCUCCCUCCUCCCUCCCGGAGUCCCCGUGUCGUGCCUCUCCCGGUAGCACCUUACUGCUGGGUAUGAAGAGGUUGUCUGUGCUGCUGGUGGACUGCAGGAAAACAACGGGGCUGAGUGGAACUGUGAGAGGAGGAGAAGAGAAGAAAGGAUCAGAUUUGCCUCAUCAAAGAGGAAAACCAAACUUGGAGGAACCAGAGACGUCCAAACCAGCAAGACGACACCUCUGCUCCCAGAUUGGAAAGAGUUUUGCCAAGUUAGGAAGCCUGAAAAGACAUGAGAAGAGUCUCACAGGGGAAAAGCCUUACCACUGCUCCCAGUGUGGAAAGUGUUUUAGACAGCAAGGAAGCCUGAAAGCUCAUGGCCGAAUACACACAGGGGAGAAGCCUUACCACUGCUCCCAUUGUGGAAAGGGUUUUAGACAGCAAGGAAGCCUGAAAAUUCAUGACCGAAUACACACAGGGGAGAAGCCUUACCACUGCUCCCAUUGUGGAAAGAGUUUUAACAGGUUAGGAGGCCUAAUAACUCAUGAGCGAAUACACACAGGGGAGAAGCCAUACCGUUGCGCCCAGUGUGGAAAGAGUUUUGGCUCGUUAGGAAACCUGCAAUCUCAUGCACGAUUACACACAGGGGAGAAGCCAUACCAUUGCACCCAUUGUGGAAAGAGUUUUCGCAUGUUAGGAAACCUGCAAUCUCAUCUGCGAAUACACACUGGGGAGAAGCCAUACCAUUGUGCCCAGUGUGGAAAGAGUUUUAGCAUGUUAGGAAACAUGAAAGCUCAUGAGCAAAUACACACAGGGGAUAAGCCUUACCACUGCUCCCAGUGUGGAUCUAGGUUUACCAGGUUAGGAAGCCUAAAAAGACAUGUGGACACACACCAAAGCCUUUCCAUUGCGCCCAGUGUGGAAUGAGUUUUAACCAUUUAGGAAACCUGAAAAGAAACGAGAGAAUACACACAGGGGAGAUGCCUUUCCUUUGCGCCUAGUGUGGAAAGAGUUUUAGCUUGAUAGGAAACGUGAAAUAUCAUGAUCUAAAUACACCCAUGGGAGAAGCAAUUACAAAUGUCACUUAUAAGGCAGGUGAGGAUCCACACAGAGAAAAAUAACUUCUCCUACUGUGUAAACUGAUAUUUCACAUCACAUUGACUUAAAAUUCAUCAGAGAACAUACAACACAGUGCUCCCGUUGUCUUAUAUUGUUGACUGUGUUUAAUUGUUUAUAUCAGAUGAAUUUGAAUUGUACAAAGCUAUAUACUCUAAAAUAUAUUUGUAUGUUUUUAUUAGAAAAUAAAACUGAAUAUGGAGUCUGUCAGUUUGAAUAUAGAGUAGAUCAGAUUCCAUGUGUUUAAAUGGUCCUUUUUUAAAAGUCUGACAUUGUGUGUUUAUCUGGGUCAUUCCUCCAGCACCAUUGAUAAUCAGAAUAAGACCUUCAAAUAAUAUCAUCAUGUCACCAGAACAACAGGCAUUUACAAGCCUCCCACUGUAUAUAGCCUCCACAUUGACUCUGUACUGGUACCCCCUGUAUAUAGCCUCCACAUUGACUCUGUACUGGUACCCCCUGUAUAUAGCCUCCACAUUGACUCUGUACUGGUACCCCAUGUAUAUAGCCUCCACAUUGACUCUGUACUAGUACCCCCUGUAUAUAGCCUCCACAUUAACUCUGUACUGGUACCUCCUGUAUAUAGCCUCCACAUUGACUCUGUACUGGUACCCCCUGUAUAUAGCCUCCACAUUGAC